AUGAACCAAUCAGGCACGAAUCAAUCAAGUUUAUCAGAUUCGAACCAAACCGGCAUAAACCAGCCAAGCACAAGCUCACUUGGUAUGAACCAAAUGGACAUGAACCAACAGAGUGCAAGCCUACAUGAAAUGAACCAAGUGGACACGAAACAACCAAGCAUGAGCCAAGCUGGCAUGAGGCAAUCAAGUACAAGCCUACCAGACAUAAACCAACCUGGCAUGAAACAACCAGGCACGUGGCAAUUAGGUAGGAGCCAACCAGAUAUGCUGCAACAAGAACUGAGCCAACUAGUCCUGAGCAAAGCAGACAUAAGCCAACUAGGCCCAUCGCAACCAGGCCCAAGCCAAUCAGGCCCCAGCCAAUCAAGCAUGAGGCAAGUAGACACGAACCAAUCAGGUAUGAGCCAACCAGUGGUGGGGCAACUAGACAGCCAGUCCGGUAGGAGCCAACCAACCACCAGACAAGUAGGCACCAGCCAAUCAGGCACAAGCCAAAUAAGCCUGAGCCAACCAGGCACAUGGCAAACAGGACUGAGCCAACCAGUCCUGAACCAACCAAACAUGAGUCCACCAGGCAUGUGGCAACCAGGCAUAAGCCAGCAAGUCCCAAGCCACCCAGACAUGAGUCAACCAGGCAUGAGUCAGCAAGUCCCAAGCCACCCAGACACAAGUCAACCAGGCAUGAGUCAGCAAGUCCCCAGCCAACCAGGCAUGAGGCAACCAGGCACUAGCCAAUCAUGUAAGAACCAAACAGACAUGGGCCAACCAGGUGCAAACCAAUCAAGUUUAUCAGAUUCCAACCAAACAGGUAUAAACCAGCCAAGCCCAAGCUUACAUGGUGUGAACCAAUUGAACAUGAACCAGCUGAGUGCAAGCCUAUAUGAAAUGAACCAAGUGGAUAUGAAACAACCAAGCAUGAGCCAAGCUGGCAUAAGGCAAUCAGGUACAAGCCUACCAGACAUAAACCAACCUGGCAUGAAACAACCAGGCACGUGGCAAUUAGGUAGGAGCCAACCAGGCAGGAGCCAACCAGGCAUGUGGCCACAAAGCCUGAACCAACUAUUCCUGAGCAAAGCAAGCACAAGCCAACCAGGCCCAUCUCAACCAGGCACAAGCCAAUCAGGCCCCAGCCAAUCAAGUACGAGCCAAGCAGGCACGAACCGAUCAGGUAUAAGCCAAACAGUGACGUGGCAACUAGACAGGCGACAGUCAGGUAGGAGCCAACCAAGCAUGAGACAAGUAGGCACCAGUCAAUCAGGCACAAGCCAACGAGUCACAUGGCAAACAGGCCUGAGCCAACUGGCCCGGAGCCGACCAAACAUGAGUUCACCAGGCAUGUGGCAACCAGGCAUGAGCCAGCAAGUCCCCAGCCAACUAGGCAUGAGACAACCAGGCACUAGCCAAUCAAGAAAGAACCAAACAGGCAUGAGCCAUCCAGGCAGGGGUCAUCCAGGCAUAUGGGAACCGGGGCCGAGUCACCCAGGCGGGAGCCAACAAGAGCUGGACCAAUUAGUACUGAGCCAACCAGGCCUGAGUCAACCAGGUAGGAGCCAGCCAAGUGUGAGCCAAAUGGGCAUGAGGCAGACAAGCAUGGAUUAUUUUCAAAUAAGACCUGCAGAGGCUGGAGACUGCCCAGAAAUUUUGCGACUGAUUAAAGAAUUGGCUGCCUGUGAAAGCAUGCUAGAUGCAAUGGAGUUAACAGCAGCUGAUUUACUCAGAGAUGGCUUUGGGGACAAUCCCCUUUUCUACUGCCUGAUUGCAGAAGUAAAUGAGCAACAAAAACCAUCAGGCAAAUUGACUGUUGGAUUUGCCAUGUACUACUUCACAUAUGACUCAUGGAUUGGCAAGGUACUUUACCUAGAGGACUUUUAUGUCACACGAGCUUACCAAGGUCUAGGUAUUGGAGCUGAAAUGCUGAAGAGGCUAAGUCAGAUAGCCAUCAGAACUCAAUGUAACCGCAUGCACUUUCUUGUCGUUAUUUGGAACCAGGCUUCUGUCGACUACUACACUAGUCGAGGGGCUUUAGACCUUUCCUCUGUGGAGGGCUGGCAUCUCUUCAGUUUUAACAGAGAAGAACUCCUGGACAUGGCAUGGGAAGAAUGAAAGAGGCCUUGAAACAACUCAUCCCAACAUAGCCUCCAACAUUUGACUGUCACCUGAGUCUACCAGCAGUUUGACUUUGUUGUACAAUACAGCAAGUGAUCAUCACAUUCUUGUUUGAGCAGAUCUUUUAUUUUGAGACAGAUUUUGUAGCUCUAGUCAACUUUCCAUUAU